AUGGCAUCGGUUGCCCUUACCAAUGUCAGCAUGGCAGUGUUUGCCCUGGGUGGCUUUCCUGGGCUGGAGUCCGCUUACAGUUGGAUUGGCAUCCCUGUCUUCUCUGUCUAUUUGGUCACCAUGCUAGGCAACUGCCCCAUUCUCUAUAUCAUCGGGGUAAAGCCAAGCCUGAAUCAGCCCAUGUAUCACUUCUUGGCCAUGCUGGCUGCCACUGACCUGAGCCUCUGUGUUGUCACGGUACCCACAGUGCUGGGUGUCCUCUGGUUCCAGCUAAGCCUGAUUCACUUGGCUUCCAGUGACACCACUUUCAACAACAUUUAUGCCCUCAGCCUUAUCCUCCUCACCAUGGGCUCAGACCUCCUCUUCAUUCUCAUUUCCUACAGCCUAAUCCUGAAGACAAUUCUGGGCAUGGCCUCCAGUGGACGCAGCCCUCUCAAGGCCCUGAACACCUGCGUUUCUCACAUCUGUGCUGUCCUGGUCUUCUACAUUCCUGUGCUUGGGCUCUCUAUAGUGCACCGGUUUGGGCAGCACGCACCACCGCUCCUCCACAUGCUCAUGGGCAACACCUACAUCCUCUUCCUGCCCCUUAUGAAUCCACUAAUUUACAGCAUCAAAACCAAGGAGAUCUCUAGCCGGCUCCUCCGAAUGCUCAGGAACCUCUGGACGAUUUAG